UUGGAAUUUGGAACCUUACCAGAGUUAAAAAGGAAAUAGCGAUGAAUCUGCAGAUGAAAACACAGGGCAAAGUGUGAGUGGGGGGGACACAAGGAAAAUGGUACGAAAGGUUUUUUUCCACAACGAAAAGCAAGUCAAGUCGUCGGUCGUUGCGCUCUUUUGCAGUCCAGUCUUCCUUGAGGAGAGCUUGAAGAAAAGCAGGGCCGAUUACUUCUUUGACUGGACCUGCUAUAGUCCUUCUCCUCUCCUAUGGUACUCCUCACAAACGUAGCCGGCUCUCAAUUCUCAAUUGAAUUGAACCCAAAGCUUCAAAUUCAAAUACACCCAGAUUGAAUGUCGUAAGGACGGGCUAAGGUGUGGUGGAUUCAUAUUUAAAUCUCUAAUAUGUAGCAAACAGCAAUCUUAGUUGUGUCCUAUUUGCUAGUUCAAUUGGAUUAUGACUGGUCUUUUUAUGAGAAUGACAAUGAAUAGCAGCGCCCAUACUGUUCUUAUUGUUGUGUAUGUCUGGUUGCUGUCGAGUGGCACUUUCAGCUAUGGAGAUAAGAGGGAUAUUGAUUGCUUGAGAGCUAUAAAAGAUUCGUUGGAGGACCCAUUAAAUUACUUAAGCUCUUGGGAUUUCAAAAACAGCACCGAAGGUUUCAUCUGUGGAUUUAUUGGGAUUGACUGCUGGCAUCCUGAUGAGAACAGGGUGUUGAAUAUCCGUCUUUCGGACAUGGGACUCAAGGGUGAGUUUCCACAAGGUAUUGCGAAUUGCACAUCCUUAACUGGCGUAGACAUGUCCAGCAACAAACUGUACGGACCUAUUCCAUCUAACAUCUCUCAAAUACUCCAGUUUGUGACAUCUCUUGAUCUCUCCUCCAACAAUUUGUCAGGAGAUAUCCCUUUGGACCUUGCAAAUUGUUCCUAUCUGAAUGUCCUUAAAUUGGACAACAACCAGUUGAGUGGUCAGAUUCCUGCACAAAUUGGCCUGCUUGGUCGAAUCAAAACUUUCAGUGUUUCAAACAAUCGCCUGACUGGUCCAGUUCCAACAUUUUCCAAUGCUACUAUUUCAGCAGAUAGCUAUGCAGGCAAUGCAGGACUCUGUGGGAGUCCUUUGCCUGCUUGCAAGGGACCCCCAAAGAAAAGCAACACUGGAAGCAUUGCUGGGGCAGCUAUGGGUUAAGACAGAAAGACACCUAACACACACACACACACACACGCAUAGUCUCUUGGCGCACUCUUGUUUUUGCUAUUACCGCCAAAUAUAGUUUGGAUAUGUAAAGGAGAAAAUAUUCCCGACGUCAUCGGUAAAUAUGUAGUAUUAUUUCUGGAGUAAUAUUCCCUACGUGUGAACUUAGCUUAGUUUUUUAUAUUCCACGCUUUAUUGAUUCAGCUUG